AUGGACAGCGGCGGCGGGCUCCACGGGGACCGCAGCGGGAGCUUCGCCAGGUACACCGCCCACGCCAGCGCCCCGGCCAGCGCCCACAGCACGCGCAUCUUCGACGUGUACGACGGGAGCGCGCAGAUCCCGUGCGAAGCGGUGGACAUCAUGUCGCACGAACACGCCGGGCAGCGUGCGGACCAGGGUCUGUAUGGCCCCGCCAGCGUCGAGGCGAGCGAGGGCGAGGACGAGGACGAGGAUGGGGACGGGGAGGGCGACGGCGAGGACGAGCACGAGGACCGCGAGGCGUUUCUGCUGGCUGGUGUCCCCGGCGAACGCCCGCUGCGGGACGCGCGGCCGGUCCAGCGCCGCCACACCGUCUGGAACGUCGACCCGCACACCGCGGCCGCGCUGGUGAACACCGGGCUUGGCCAGAAAGUGGAUCUGCGAGGCCGCGACACAGCCGUGCACAAUGACCAGGCUCUGCCUCCACACCAUCCGCUCCAGCCGGGGCGCCUGCACACGCACGUCUCGAACCCGCGGUACCGGUAUCGCUCCGGCAGCCUGGCGGCCGGCGGACGGCCCGCCAGGCUGGAUCUGGGGCCGCGUGUGGAGGACGCCAUGGCCCCCAGCGUCUCCACGGUCUCUUCCACCGCGACCACCGCGGCAGCACUCACCAACACCGACAUCUGGUCCGCCGCUGUGGAAGAUGCGUUUCUCGCGGCCCUGCGGAUCAUUCCCAAGAAAGGCACCGCCAAGAUCAAAUUCCAAAAACGCAACUACGGGCGGAACGAGCUCAUCUCCUUAUUCAUCCAGCACUCCAUCGGCGAGUACCGCUCCAAGAAACAGAUCUCCUCGCACAUCCAAGUCUGGAAGAAGUCCAUCAUGAACAAGGCUCAGAACCGCCUGCAAAACACCCCGUACGAGGAGGAGCUUCUGACCUUGAUCGAGAACGGCGCGCCCCAGACGCCGGAAAAGGAGACGGAGUUUCUGGCCACCUUCACCGAUAUUCUGAAUGGGCCCGAGGCGUCCCGCACGCUCGACUCCACUCUUUCAGCCUCGACCUCGGACUCGUCACUUACUGGCCUGGGUGCCCGAGAAUCGAUCAUUACAAACGGCCCCGUCGUUGGCACCGCACCCGGUCACGUGGACGUGCCCGUCCAUCCAGCUUUCGACCUCCCGGUCGGCGCCGGCGCGAGUUUGGGAGCUCCGCCAUUUUUAUACGGCCACCCCGAGGUGGUAGGCGUCGGUGGGCCGGAGCCCAUCACUCCUCUGGACUACGCCCGCAAGGUGUACGGGAAUCUACGUUCCUACAAAUGCGUGCCCGUCAACAUGCACGACUACACCUACCAGCAUCCUGAGACACACCAGGCCGGCAGUGCCGAUCAACAAACAAUGCUGGCUGCCCAACAGGUUGCGGCUCAGCAGCGCCAACUCAUCGAUAGUAUUCAUGCUGAACAAAGCUAUGCGACGCAGCAUUUCGAGGGCUUGGAGCCUGAUAAUGUGAAGUCUCACCAUUUCGAUCUGCACGCUAUCGUGCCUAUCAUGGCAACUCGACCACCGGAGCCGGCCGGCGACAGCUCUCCGCCGGGGUUGACCAUAUAUCACCCUUCGAGGACUGACGGUUCCGACACCUCCUUUCACGCUAAUUCUCGAAAAUGA